ACAUACUAUGUCAAUCAUUAAUACUUCAUCAUCACCAUUUAAGGUGACUCAUGAAAAUUAUAUUGCAAGUACUUCUCAAUCUAGUCAAAAGCAGAUAAAUAAUGUCUUCAAUGAUAAAAAUGAUACUCUUGAAAAAAUUAACCGUAACGUGUUAAAUUUGAAGUAUAAAAUGAGAUCACUCCAUGAAAAGAUUGAUAAAAUUGAUGAAAUGAUCAGAAACAACACAAUGAACAGCAAUAUUGAAUUGAACAAAGAUGCAAGUGUAUCCGAUUUAUUUAUAUCACUAAACAGUGAUUUUCCUUUAGAGGAUGAAGAUGCUCUUCAAACAUUUGAAAAUAAGCUGUUAGAUAACAAUUGUAGGGUGCAAUUGGUGGCUGAACUUGCUCGUUAUGUGCGCAAUACAUUACCAAGUACCAUAAGGGCUAUGAUGCGUUUUCUUUUCAAAGACUCUUUACUACAAGAGUAUAGUUAUAAAGGGCAAAAGAAAAAAAGAGUGUUUUCAACUCUUGGAGCUAGCUCCAUUAUAUUUGAUGCUGUGAAAAACAUGAAACGUUAUCAAAAGCACGAUAAAAUUGAUGUGGAACAACCUAUGAAAAUUUUUAUUGCUGGUGCGAAAUUUAGAGAGCACAAAACUGUGGAACUACAAUCAAAUACAUUAUAAUAAUAUUAAAUGUAAUCAUUGUUAUUUAUGAUUAUGACUGUAGUAAAAUAUAUCUACUAUAAUAAUAAAUUUGUUGAUAUAAGUUUA